CCCUUCUUUCCGGAGCUGGGGAAACCGACUCCAGAAAUGCCAUCUGAGGGAACAGACAUCCUGGCAGAUAGAACAAACCAGGUGUGAGCACUGUCUUUCCAAAGUUACACUGAAGCCGUUGGAGGACAGGUCGGACCUCAGGCCUUCCCACGGCACCAACUACUGACGGCGGAUUUGCGCACAGAUCCUUCACAGCUGUUUCAAAGAACCAUUCUGUGAUUCUAUGAUCUUCCAGGACCCUUCCAACCCACACCAUCCUGUGGUUCUAUCAUCUUCCAGGACUCUUGCAACACAAACCAUUCUAUGGUUCUGUGAUCACUAAGGAACCUCCCAAGCCACGCCGUCCUGCAGUUCUAUGAUCUUCCAGGACCCUUCCAACACGGACCAUCCUAUGGUUCUAUGAUCUUCCAGGACCCUCCUGUGCGGGUGAUGUCACCAUGACGUGAUGACCUCACAGAUGCCCUGGGGUGGGGCAGGGGCAGUGGGUCAGCGCGGAACCUGCUGGCCCCAUUCUGCGGGUGGUGCUGGUCCAGCGAGGAGCUGUGCGAGUGGUGCAGUAAUGCGGGCCCAGUGUGUCAGCAGAAGAUUAAGGGCGGUGUGGCGUGCGAAGCUGGUGGAGGAGGAGCUGCUGGCUCAUGCGGCCGUGGAGAAGUGCAAGGCCGUGGCCAGGGAAUCCUUGAUGAAGGAUGCCCAGAAAUUACGGGCAGAAAGAACAGCUGCCAGGAAAGAGAAGCUGAAGCAGGAGAAGCAUCUCGUUGCCCAGCUGGAAGAGCAGCUGCAGGCUGAGACAGAGGAGAUGGAGGUAGCGUGGAGGGGCGAGGGGAUGGGGGCUGCCCGCCCCCGCGUGGGGACCUGGAGGACGUCUGCAGCGGGCACGGGCACUCACGCUUUUGUCUGCCAGGUGCUGCGCCAGGAAAAACAGCACCUGCAAGAGGAGCGGGAGGAGCUGGAGCUGGAGGGUGCCUGGCAGCAGCAUCAGCUGGAGCUGGAGGCAGCCCACGUGCCUGGGGCUGUGCUGCCGAAGCUGGUGGAGGCAGAGCUGGAGAAGAAGGAGCAGGCGAGGAGACGAGGGCUCGCCUUCUGGAUGAAGACAAUCUGCCUCAUCUUCGUCAGCCUCCUGCUGCUGCUCGUUGCUGUGCUGGGCUCUGCAGUGCUGUACGCCCAGCACUAUGACCAGGAGCUGUUGUAUCGGCUCCUGCUGCGAGUGCUGCCCCAGGCAAUGUACGCUUCCCCGGCGUACUUUGCGAGCAGGAGCCUGCGUGUCGUCUGUGAUGGGCUGCUGCCCAUCUGACCGCCCCUCUCAGUCCCCCCUCCCAGCUCGGGGCUGCGCAGUGGUGGGGUGCAGGGAGAGAGCUCUGUCCCCACGGAAGGGGCCUCUCCUGUGCUCCUGCCCCCAGGGGCGCACAGGCACAGCUGUGGGGCAGUGCCGGCAGGCGGCUGAGUGCUGGGACUUUGGACUUACAAAUAAGUUGGUACUGUCGUCGUCAACUGAACACCACCACCUCCGACGACCCAUCAGACUGAAGAUGUGCACCUGACGCCAGGACGUGGCUUCUUGGAUUCUUUGAGUCUUCGUAGCAGCCAUUUCCUUCAGCUGGUUACCUGUAAGGCUUAUGAAUUGUAAUUAGCCCAUUAGGCAAUGUUACCUCCAGUGGGCUGUUGUCAGUUGUUAAGAAUGCUGUCAAUAAAUGGAUGUGUAUUAA